UGUAUGUGGUGAAGAUGUUUUGCGAAACUUUUUUAAGGAUGAUAUACCUUGGAUGUUUCCUGUUUCUUUGUGGUUUUACGCAUGCCAUACCAAGUUAUCCUAUCUGGUGGUCCUUAGCGGUGGGCCACCAGUACUCAUCCCUGGGCUCCCAGCCCAUCCUGUGUGGCUCCAUUCCUGGCCUGGUGCCCAAACAGCUGCGAUUCUGCCGAAACUACGUGGAGAUCAUGCCCAGUGUGGCCGAGGGGGUGAAGAUCGGCAUCCAGGAGUGCCAGCACCAAUUCAGGGGCCGCCGCUGGAACUGUACCACCAUCAACGACAAGGCCAUCUUUGGACCAGUGCUGGACAAAGCCACCCGGGAGUCAGCAUUCGUUCAUGCCAUUGCCUCAGCGGGGGUGGCGUUCGCAGUGACGCGGUCCUGCGCCGAGGGCUCAGCCACCAUCUGUGGUUGUGACACACGCCACAAGGGCCCACCUGGCGAGGGCUGGAAGUGGGGUGGAUGCAGCGAGGAUGUGGAUUUCGGCAGCAUGGUGUCCCGGGAGUUUGCAGACGCCCGUGAGAACCGGCCCGAUGCGCGCUCCGCCAUGAACCGCCAAAACAACGAGGCGGGACGAACGUCUCUGAACGACAACAUGUUCCUGAAGUGUAAGUGCCAUGGCUUGUCAGGCAGCUGUGAGGUGAAGACGUGCUGGUGGUCCCAGCCUGACUUCAGAGUUAUCGGAGACUACAUGAAGGACAAGUACGACAGCGCAUCAGAGAUGGUGGUGGAGAAGCACAAGGAGUCCCGCGGCUGGGUGGAGACUUUGAGACCCAAGUUCACCUUCUUCAAACCGCCCACAGAGCGAGACCUGGUCUACUACGAGAGCUCGCCCAACUUCUGCGAGCCCAACCCAGAGACAGGCUCUUUCGGGACGCGCGACCGUGCCUGUAACCUGACAUCACACGGAAUCGACGGCUGCGACCUGCUGUGCUGCGGCCGGGGACACAACACCCGGACGGAGAAACGGAAGGAGAAGUGCCACUGCAUCUUCCACUGGUGCUGCUACGUCAGCUGCCAAGAGUGUGUUCGAGUCUAUGAUGUUCACACCUGCAAAUAGAUAGGGCCUUUGGGACCGCUCUUUCUGCACCUCACCAAAUGUAUUUUUUUUAAAUACUUCAACGUAUAAAAGAGGAAGCUACUGUACGAGCCAGGCUCAGAGAACUUGAGAGGCUUUGAUUGGACUUUGAUCAAGCAUUAGUUGACUUGUCUGUGGAUUCAGCUACAGUACAGUCACCUAAUAGGCAACCAAGAUGGCGGCCUGUCAUGUGAUGCUGUGGUGUCAGCCGCUCUUAGAAUGCUGCGUUAGUUCUAGAAUACAGAGGUGGACUCAUGGAGGCUCUAUUCAGAAAAUCAACAUGGUUAUGUUGAUGUUGAUGACCACCAUCGCAUCGAUAUGUUGAUGACCACCAUUUCAUUGAUAGAGGCAAAAGAGGAGACCAUUACAGAGUGAACUAUGAGUAGCCAAGGAGUGACUUUCAGUGACUUCCAGAAAGGUGUUUCAAGGCCUUGGUUUCCUUCCUGACACAACAAAAGAAAACUGUAGGUUGUAUAUGGCUACAUAAACUGUACUGUU